GUUUGGCCCCUUGUGUAGGCACCUCUACUCCUGCUCGUUUGCUGCUGCUUUGUACAACUCCUUGUAAGUUAAAGGUCUCUCAGUUGUAGCAUACUAGAAUAAGCAAGUUAGAUCAUCUCAAGAGGCAUGCCGCGCGCGCAAUUCGCUGCAGGGUUGUCCAGCGGGUUGUCCAGCGGGCGGGUUGCCGUGCACGUUGCUAAUUUACUUAAUUAUGCUUACUACUCUCUAGGACACAAUGUCAGAAAGUGAGUUAGGUGCGGUGUUAAUGCUGUUUAAUAAGCAAAUCCAUGGAGAAGGUUUGGAAAGACUCAGGUUCAUCCUGUAUCCACUUUUGCCAUGGGCAGAGCUAAAAAUGCUCAGUACACCAUCAGAUAUGUACAUGAAGCUUGUGUCACUCGAUAUGUUCUCCGCGCAUGGAAGGGCUCUGAAUAUAUUCCUGUUUGCUUUGAAAGCCAUUGGUGGAAGUGUGAGGGGAAAAUAUUGUGCCAAGGAAGCAAGAAGAUUGCUAAAUUAUCAGUCUGCCAUUGAUUUUAGUGGGGAAUCAAGAAAAUUCCGAUUUUUCUAUUGGCUCCUGAAGAUUGUGCGGCGUCUUCCACCCGCAUGCAAGGAGGAUAUCUUGCUACAUUUUGGGCGAUCGUUAAAUACUAACUAUCGUAAUUAUGAGGGGUCUCUGCCCAGUCUUUUCAUUGAGCUACACCAAGCUGGAAAAGUGAGCGAAGAUGACACAAGUGAACUGGGAGAUACGUUAAAAAUCUGCAAAAAUCGUUUUGAUGAAGGCACACCUGAGUUCACUGCGGUGCAAAAGUGCAUCUCGUAUCUCACCAAGUUUAGUGAAGAAGAAGAACCAUUUACUUCAGCUGAUGAGGAAUCUACAGCUGCAUCAAUGCAUGAAUCACAUCAUGAAGAUAAGCCAAGUGAUGUUAUUGGACGAAAACAUCCCAAAAAACAGAGGAAGAAAGUCAGAGGACGUUAUCCCAGUGGUAGCUCCGUUCCUUACGGUUCCCUUGUUGCAUGUGCUCCAGAUAAUAAUAUAGACACUCCAGAUGGUGACGAUAUAGAUGAUCCAGCUCCUAAGGAGAUGGAGACAUCUACAGAUAGUGUUCACUACAGGAUGAGAGAAGAUGGCAGCGAAGUAGUGGAACUACCGACAAGUUGCAGUGCCCCGCCAGUUGCAGCAGGAGGAGCUGGAGGAGCUGCAGGAGCAAGUGUUGGCCCUGUCAGGACUUUGGGAGGCAAACUGACAGAGAGUUUAUAUUUUGUGCCUAAGACUCCCAGUGGAGCAGUUCCAGGGAUCCCAACAGCUACUUCAAUCAAUAUUGAUGAACCUGGGCCACCGUCACAA